AAGAUUAUAUUAUGUGUAUACACUUAAGUCGUUUCGAUGUUUGUUUUGUUUAUGCUCGUAUCUUCUGUAAACAAUGUUUGUUGUGUGUUGGUAGCUUGGCAACGUGAUUGUGACUAAUCUGUGUGACAAAAUUUACAGUUUUAUACAAAUGGAUAAACCGCCCGAUAAGAAGAGCCAGGGGAAGAAGGCGAGGUACACCUGCACCAAAUCGGAUGAAUUGGCCGAGGUCCUGGAGGAGUUUUCAUCCUGGCAGAGGAGUAUUAUCCCCAGGGAUGAUUAUAAAAAGAAACCGCAGUGUCCGCAGGUGAAAAAUGUCAAUGGUAAUGAAACUAGGGUGGUACCAGGAGAUAGACGAAGGAUAUGCAGGUGUAUCGGGGUGAAUUCAAGCAGACAUGGUGUGGAAGGACUUAAUUCAGUUCCCUAUCAAGUUUCGGCGGGGAGUAAUGGAUGGGUGAGUGGGGGGCCUUCCAGAGGGUAUUCCAGGGACACCUCCAAUGGGGUUUCGUUUUGUACAUCGAGAGGUACCUCAGGGAGGUCUUCACAUCCAAGUGGACCUUCUGGGGAGAAUAUUACAACAUCAAGAGGAACAGGGAGAUCAGAUGAUCCUUCUUAUGAAAGUUCUCUUCCAAGUGGACCUUCACAGGAUUCUUCAAAAAGGAGAUCAAAUAAUACUUCUGGAGGUAGGUCAAGAGGUGAAUCUUAUGGUCCUAGUACCCAGAGUGGUCCCAGUGAUGGUUCUGUUUAUUAUUCUGGAGAUAGGUCAAGUGCUUCCAAAGCAAAACAUGCAGAUCCUUCAAAAUCUAAAAAUUCCGGGUACCUUAUUGUGUUCCCUGAUCCCAAAAAAUGCAAUUGUAAAACCCGGCGUAUUUUCGACCAUCUAAACACUGAAAAACCCCCACCUGGGUUGAAUGCUUUAACUCGGGCCUCACCUACAGAUGGGGUACGUCCCCAAAAGUGUCCAAUCGAAUGUAGGAACAACGCAAGUCGCCCUGGUAAAGACGCAGAACUCCUACGAAAGUAUAUCUGUUCAAAUCAAAGGAAUAUUAUCACUUGUAAAGGUAAACCAGGUGGUAGGACAGUUUAUAAAGAUGUACCUCUAAAAUUAUCCACUUCUGCACCUUCUACGUCCUCGAAUCUAAGUCAAAAUCAAUCUUCUCCUACCCCAUCAAGAUCCCGAUCACGUUCCAUGGAUAGAGAAUCGCAUGAACGUGAGAAUAUCCAAGAUGGACGCAGUUUUAGUUCCGAUAGGUCUUCAUCUUCUAAAAUAUCUCCUAAUAGAAGACCAUCACCUGGUAUGUCACUACAUCCCAGCGUGAUAUCUCCUAAUCCUCCAAGAGAGAAGAAACCCAGUAUUAGUUCUGGUGAUGGUAACCGGACGCCAUCUUUUCACACACCCAAAGGCAGCGGGACAAUUUAUCCAAUAUCAAAAGUUGGGGAGCCGGUAUACCCUCCUGAAGUGACACCUAUAUCGAAAAAAACUGUUGAAGAUUCUUCUGGUCCCCAAGGUCCCAAAGAUGAUCAGAGUUGUCAUGGUAAACCUAAUAAAAUCUGCUUAGCGGAAAGGUCUUGUGAGGGUUUACCACCUACUGAUGGUGUGAACACUUGCACAGGACGUGCGAGGACUACAUGUGAAGAACAAUUGAGUUGUCCUGGUAAAUAUCCGAAGAAACCAGCGAAAAUCACACAGCACCGGUCCGUGGACUCAGGCACACCUAAAUGGAACAAACUCAUGGACCUAGUGGGCAAUCCGUAUGCGUGGAAACUGUUGAAAUCUUUGCUUUUAUUUCUACUCGGGCUGAAAAUCUGCUCGGAGAGUUGGUACAUGUUGAUUCCCAUUCGGGGAUUCAACGCCAUGCGGCUCCCAUGCACAUGUACAAUCUGCAAACACAUCUAAUAACAAAACCAACUAAAUAAUGCAUGAAUAAUUAAUUUUUGUAGCAAA